UGCAGAACCCCGGUGCUGGCAGGACGGGAGGGUGGUCGGAGAAGAGGGUGCAAGGUGCGCACGGACAGGCUCUCCCUUCUCUUCCUCUUAAAAGAGUGUACUUGACAGGCGAACACAAUGUCGUGGAUAAUAGAAGGAGAACUGUCCCUCUUAGAGAAGUUCUUCUCCAAUGUGAUAAAGAGGGGGCCAAUGCCCAAGCACAUUGCAUUCAUCAUGGAUGGCAACCGCCGCUACGCUCAGAAGCAUAAAGUGAGGAAACUGGAAGGACAUGCACAGGGAUUCUCAAAACUGACACAGACACUGCAUUGGUGCUUGAGCAUGGGAAUCCGGGAAGUCACUGUUUAUGCGUUUAGUAUUGAGAACUUCAAACGCCCCCGGGAAGAAGUGGAAGGCCUGAUGGAGUUAGCAAGGCACAAAUUUAUCCGCCUUCUGGAAGAACAGGAGAACCUGGAGAAAUACGGCGUGUGCGUCCGGAUUUUCGGGGACCUGCACCUCCUGCCGAAAGACAUCCAGGAAAUAAUUGCCAAGAUUGUGCUGACAACAAAGCACUUCAAUACGUGUAUUCUGAACAUUGGCUUUGCAUACACUUCAAGACAAGAGAUCAGCAACGCGGUGAAGGAGCUGGCUUGGGGAGUCGAAGAAGGGCUGCUUCAGCCCAGUGAUGUGUCAGAAUCGUUAAUUGACAAAUGCCUCUAUACCUGCAAAUCUCCCCACCCAGAUAUCCUGAUAAGAACUUCUGGAGAGGUCCGGCUUAGCGAUUUCAUGCUCUGGCAGACAUCCCAUUCCUGCCUGGUGUUCCAGCCUGUGCUGUGGCCAGAAUACUCCUUCUGGAAUUUUUGGGAGGCUAUCCUGAGGUUCCAGAUGAACUACAAUGCUUUGCAGAAAGCCAGGGAUCUAUACAUGGAAGAAAGGAAGUGGCAGCAGAUGGAAAGCGACAUGGCUGUUGUGCUCGAGAAGCUGAAAGAGGAAGACUCCGCCUCCUGCGGAGAUGCUCAGAGACGACGGACGCUCUUGCAGGAACUCAGGGCUAAACGGGAAGAGAGAAUCCAGGGCUUUUUGCAGGCCCUGGACAACAAAAGAAUGGACUUCCUAGAAAAACUGACGAUGGUUUCUGCAUGAUGAGAAGGACGUUGUAGGGCUGGGAUUGGCUGUGGUGGGUGGGCAGAAGAGGGGGGGAUGUGAGCCAAAUUACCAAUAGUACAGCUGCUGUCCACAGGGGUUCACUUGAUAAUGGGAAUCUACAUUUUUGUGCGUCUGUGUGUUUUCAGUAGACAUAUGCAAGUCUUUGCCUCAGGGUUGAGGAACCUGAGCCCACCUGAUGUUUCUGGACUACAACUCCUAUCAUCCCUGACUAUAGGCCAUGCUGGCUGAUGGGAGUUGGACAACAACAACAUCUGGAGGGCCACUGGUACCCUGCCCCGCUUUACCUCCUUUAUAUUUUUGGUUAUCAUCCAAGCCGUCUUUGGGAACGUUGUGUCUGAACCUAGUUUAUGGUUUCCUCAGUUUAAUAUGGUUUAAAAAGUACCAAACAAAA